AUGGAUAAUAACGACGAUGGGCUCAUGCUCAACUUUGCCCCUGCGGCGGCCUCGUCAGCAGGUCGGCCCAAACAAACGGCCAAGGCUCGAUUCGUACAGAAGAGGACCGCACAACAGCUUCGAAGGCAGGCACCAAAGUCGAAUGGUGAUGCGGCAGCAACUUCAAGAGCGGCUGACGUAGCGCAAUCGGCGCCGAGCCGCGCUGUGCCUGUACCCACAGUACCGAUCGAAUCGCCAGCAGCGAAAAGGCAAAGGAUCGAGGCUCCAGCAGCAUCCUCGUCGACAGGGCUGAGUGCGCCCCGAUUCGACCCUCGCUCUGCCACUUCCAAAGCAGCACCAUCCACUUCACGAGCCAAUGGCGCUUCCGCUUCGUCUGGAAAUACUACUCGCAGGGCUGCUGUCUCAGCACCGCAGCAAGCCAGCACUUCUUCGGCUGCAUCCAGACCCUCCGGCUCGGCAUCCAAGUCGAACGGUGCAGGCGUGGUCAGCGCGCUCUUUCCCGCUCACGGUGUGCUGGAAGAUUCGAGCAUUGCCCACACACCGUUCCAGCGCAAAGCCUACGAUCCGACGAACGCUCCGUCGGCAGGCUCCGACUUCGCAUCGUGUGGCUUGGAUCCUCUGCUGGUCUACCACCUCGAAUCCAAGAUGAAGAUCGGAUCUAACCCGACUUCGAUCCAGUCAGCAGCUCUUCCGCAUCUCUUGCAUCCUGGCCUCGAUCGGGAUAUCCUCAUCCAAGCGCAGACGGGCUCAGGAAAGACGCUCACCUAUCUGCUGCCCAUCGUGCAGAGCCUGCUGCCGCUGUGUGAGGAGUCAUUCAUCGACAGGUCGGUGGGUACGCUGGCCAUCAUCCUCGCACCGACUCGUGAAUUAGCACGCCAGAUCUACGAGGUGCUGGAGAAGCUCGUUUCGCUGGCACUCAGUCUCAAGGAGCAAAACGAAAAUGAAGAGGGCACUGUCAGGAGGACGAGAUGGCUCGUUCCUGGUCUGCUUUCUGGUGGGUCGACAAAGAACCACGAGAAGCAGCGACUGCGCAAGGGAUGCCCCAUCCUUGUUUCCACACCAGGAAGAUUGCUCGACCAUCUGCAGAACACGUCCAGCUUCGACGUCGGCAAGUGCAGAUGGCUUGUGCUCGACGAAGCGGAUCGACUGCUCGAGAUGGGAUUCGAGGAGCAGCUUACGGGCAUCGUCCGUGCGCUAGAUGGACGACGAAAUCUCGCUUGUACUGCGGCGCGACAAGCCAUGCCAGGAUUCGAAGAGGGAGUUGCACCAGGUGAUGCAGACUGGAUCGCAGACCCCGAUGUGAUGGACACUCUCGGUAUGACCUGGUGGGCGCACGCGAGGAGAGUCGUCCUCUGUUCCGCCACCCUCGACGAGAAUGUGCAAGUCUUGGCCGGAAAGACGCUCAUCAACCCCAAGAUCAUCCGUGGUGUCAAGGAUGACAGUGCCGACGCCGCGAACCCAGCAGCAUCACCGGACGCCACCACCGACACAAUCGUGGCCAAGAAAGAGCCCACCAAGUUCGCAGCGCCUGCUCAGCUCGCGCAGAGCUUCGUCACGACGCCACCCAAGCUGCGACUCGUCACCCUGCUCUCUCUACUGCGAGCAUACAUCUCUCGCGCGCGUCGCUCCUCCGAAGAAGCCGAUCCGACCCUCCGCCUCGCCGGCGCUGGUCGCGUCAUCGUCUUCAUGAGCUGCACAGACAGUGUUGACUUCCACUACGCAGCCUUUGGCGGCGCACGCAUGCACGCCCCCGAAAACGACCCUAACGCACCCGAUGACGAGGAGUCCGACACCCUUCCCGCGCAUACCGUCUCGGAACUCAUUCCCAACAUCCCCAUCUUCCGGCUGCACGGCAGCAUGACCCAGCAAGAACGCAUUGCCUCUCUUCGAGGCUUCUCGGGUGGCAAAAAGCAAGCUUCUGCUGGUUUUGAAGGUAGCAUCCUGCUGUGCACCAGCGUUGCAAGUCGUGGUCUGGACCUGCCGGAUGUAGGGUGCGUGAUCCAGCUCGACCCUCCCACAGAGGGUGGCAUCGAAGAGUAUCUGCAUCGCGUGGGGCGAACCGCCCGAGUGGGCCGAGCCGGCGAGUCGUGGCUCAUGGUUUUGCCUCAGGAAGUCGCGUGGGUUUCGACCGUCCUCGAAGCGCAGAUGACCAUCCAGGGCACCUCGUCCAUCACGGACCUCAAGAAUUCAGGUCAGUCGCGCAAGAUCACGCCCGCAUCAAUUGAGGCCGUCCUGCAGCAAGGCAUGGGAGGCACGACGGGUACGCUCGAGUAUCAGUCCCGCGCCACCGAGGUGCAGCUGGCGUUCGAACGAUGGGUGCUCUCCGGUGAGCGACCGAGUUUGCUCGCUCGCAAAGGUUUCCUCUCUCACGUGCGGGCGUACGCCACCCACUCGGCAGAGGAGAAACAGUUCUUCAACGUACGCGCCCUCCAUCUUGGUCAUCUAGCGAAAGCAUUCGCACUGCGAGAAGCACCCCGUUCGCUCGGCGCCAAGAGCGCCGCCACCGCCACUGCGUCCACCAAACACGAGACUGUCAAGAAGCGUCCCGCACCCGCUCAAUCCGACGAGAGCGACUCCGACGAGAGUGGAGACGAAGCAGGAUCAGAUUACGAAGGCAAGCCCAAACGCGACGCCUUCGAACUGUCACCUGCAGCACUGAAGGAGCUCACUGCAAGCAUCGUCGCUCAAUCGGACGGAAGUAACAGAAGCAAGAAGUUGGCCCGUGAAGCAGCCAAGGCCGCCGAAGCGGCGGAAGGCAAAGUUCAGACAGAUGCCGAAGCGAGGAUGUACGCGAAAGUGCGCGCGUUGGGUAGGGCGAGUAAGAAGCACGGUGUGCUGGGCGCACACGGUGCGGACGAGUUCCAGAUCGCGUAG